GGACAAAUCUCUUACAGUCACGCCAACUAUUCAGACAAUGUGGAGUAUUAUCAGUCAAACUGUACCUGGACAUCAGCGUUACAAAACUUUCAAGCUGGAAAUAAUUCAUUAAAUGUUUACUUCUACCCCAAUGUUACUAGAGCUAUACAUUUAGCUACUGGUCUAACGACAACAUUUCAUUUUAAUGUAUCCAACAUAUUUCUUUCUAAAGAAUGUUUUAAUGGUCCAAACAUUAUAGACGGUUACAUAAGACCAGGAGCUACUGCUAUAUGUGUGUGUUAUUUAGAUAACAUUGGGUAUCCUCCUGCAUCUUUAGAAUGGUCGAACGGAAGUCAUUUAAAUGAAAGAACAUAUCUAAAUAGUACAGCAACAGCUUUAACAAUUGAACCAUUCAGUCAAGAGAGAAUGUUCACCUGUACACGCUCAACACAUUUAUUGAAUGAUGAAUCUUCUAUUUCCUAUGUAGUGAUGUAUGCCAAGGGGCCAACGGCAUGUUCAGUAGAACUAAAAGAUACAACACAAACAGUUUGGAAAAUGUGUAAAAAUACAAAAAUAAAUUGGACAGUUAUUUGUCAGGUCAAUCAAACAGAUGCUAUACCAGGAAUCAAAGGAAAACUUAACAUCAACUCAAUUUACUCAAAUGUUUUGAACAGUCAAAAUAUGUCUACUAUGUAUCAAGUUAGAAAUGAGUUUAACGUAACGGAAGCUGGGACUUAUUCUAUUGGAUGUCUAGUGCAGAAUUUACACUUUAAUGAUGUUUACGCCACAUGCAGUUAUAUACCAGUUUUACAAGUCAUUGCACCACCAAAAUCUUCACCAAUUCUACAAUUCAAAAGCACUAGUGUAGAAGAUCAAAUGGGACUACAGGAGAAUAAAGUCUAUACUGUGGUAUGUACAGCACUUGGAGGAAUACCUUCUGUGAGUAACAUUACAGUCUCAUGUGGGAACAUCAAAGAAUUAACUCAAUCUGGAAACAUCCUUACAUCUCCUGUAAUAUUUACAAGAACAAUGACUGGACAGAACUGCACAUGUACAGCUCAACAUAUUACUGGAUGUUAUGAAAACAAUACAAGCACUUUACAACUAAAUAUUUUGUACAAAUCUUCAGUUACAUCGUUCACUGUUCUCAACACAGUUAUAGACAAGGGAAACUUUGCACCAAUGUUUUGUGCAGCAGACGGUCACCCAGCACCAAAUAUUUCUAUCUCUAAAGGAAGUGAAACUAUUGCUUACAACUCCAGUGGAUAUUUUCUGUUCUUUAAUAAAUCAAUGUCUUGUAAAGAUGCAGGGAAUUAUCUUUGUCAAGCCAACAAUGGAAUAGAUUUUAACAAUAAAGAAUUUAAACAAGUUACUGUAUAUGUUACUUGUCCUUUAAAGUUUGAAACACAUGAAAUUUUAAAGAGUUUUAGUCUACAAAAUGGGAAUUUUUUUUUCUACAAUUUGACUGUUUAUGGAUACCCAGAGCCAGAUAAUUUAUAAAUUUUAAAAUCUAAUACAGAAUCCAACAAUGUAGUUGUAACGAAGUCAUCACUGGAACCACCUUAUGUGAGUGUAGAACUAAAGAUUUUCAGCCUGACAUCUUCAGACUUUGAUAAUUAUACUCUUGUAAUAUUUCAAAGCGGAGCACAGAGUUUGAUGUUCACAUUUUCUAUUUAUGAAGGUAUUUUCUGAAAAUAUAUUUAUGACUUAAGGAUUAUGUCUUUUUAGUAAGUAGUAAGUUGAAGCAUUUAAUAGUCAAUUUAUGAUAUUGAAUUAUUGUGUAUUUGUUAAGUCAACCAUGAAGCUCAUCAAAAUUGACACUAGAAGCUGGAAAAUAGUGGCAAAGGAUAGAUCCACAUGGAGAGCGAGCAUAAAGGCAUGGUCCCGGAUUGCAGAAACCAUACACAACAGUAG